CGGUUUGCAUUAACAGCCAUAAACGGAAAUUACCCGUCAACUGAAAGAAUUAACGAUCAAAUUUCAAUGCGAUCUCACAGUCACAGAAGAACAAAACGUUUAAACGAUCCAUCGUUUUCUCUUCAGUUUAAAUUAAUUAUUUCUCGAUCGAUCAAACAGAGGUUCUGUUGUUCGUGGUGCUAGAUCCUCUAAACCAGCAAUGGCUACAGCUUAAAGCAAUCAUUUACCAAACCCCUAAAAGGGUUUUCAGGGUGUUUUUUGUGUGUAGUACUUGGUCAAUUACAAUAAAAAUGAAAGCAGGAAGCGCUGCGAAGCUGAUUGUUGAUGCGCUACUGCAGCGGUUCCUCCCGCUGGCCAGGCGUCGCUUCGAAACUGCUCAAGCUCAGGAUGGACAGUACCUUCGACCAUCAGACCCUGCCUAUGAACAGGUUUUGGAUUCCUUGGCUAUGGUUGCUCGACACACUCCUGUGCCUCUUUUAGAAGCUCUUCUUAGAUGGAGAGAAAGUGAAUCUCCCAAAGGUGCAAAUGAUGCGUCUACCUUCCAAAGAAAGCUUGCAGUGGAGUGUAUUUUUUGCUCAGCAUGUAUUCGUUUUGUGGAGUGCUGCCCUCAGGAAGCACUUACUGAGAAGCUUUGGUCUGGGCUUGAAAAUUUUGUUUUUGACUGGCUUAUCAAUGCUGACAGGGUUGUAGGCCAGAUUGAAUAUCCCUCAUUGGUCGAUUUACGAGGCCUCCUUCUGGACUUAGUUGCUCAACUCUUAGGUGCCUUAUCUCGCAUCAGGUUUAGUUCUGUAACUGAGCGCUUUUUUAUGGAAUUGAACACUCGUCGGAUUGAUACUAGCAUUGUCCGAAGUGAAACACUGAGCAUUAUCAAUGGGAUGCGUUAUCUGAAACUUUGGGUUAAAACUGAAGGAGGAUUGAAUGCGUCAGCUUCCUUUGUGGCAAAAGCAAACCCUCUUAACCGUGCUCCACAUAAACGCAAGAGUGAGCUUUACCAUGCGCUAUGUAAUAUGCUCUCAAAUAUCCUUUCUCCACUAGCAGAUGGUGGAAAAAGCCACUGGCCCCCUUUAGGUGUAGAAAAUGCACUUACACUGUGGUAUGAAGCUGUCGGGAGGAUAAGAGUACAACUUAUGCAUUGGAUGGACAAACAAAGUAAACAUAUAGCUGUUGGCUACCCUCUUGUGACUCUUCUCCUCUGUCUUGGUGACCCUCAAAUAUUCCACAACAACUUAAGUCCUCACAUGGAGCAACUCUACAAGUUAUUAAGAGACAAGAACCAUCGUUUCAUGGCCUUGGACUGUCUUCAUCGAGUUUUGAGGUUUUACUUGAGUGUUCAUGCUGCUAGCCAGGCCCCAAAUCGUAUAUGGGAUUACUUAGACAGUGUGACUUCUCAACUCUUAACAGUUCUGAGGAAAGGAAUGCUUACUCGGGAUGUUCAACACGAUAAACUAGUUGAGUUCUGUGUGACUAUUGCUGAGCAUAACCUUGAUUUUGCUAUGAACCAUAUGAUAUUAGAGUUGCUGAAGCAAGAUAGUCCGAGUGAAGCAAAGGUUAUUGGUCUUCAUGCUUUGCUUGCCAUUGUUAUGUCACCUUCAAGUCAGCAUGUUGGCUUGGAAAUAUUUAGAGGACAUGAUAUUGGCCACUACAUACCAAAAGUUAAGGCUGCAAUUGAAUCAAUUUUGAGAUCUUGUCAUAGGACCUAUAAUCAGGCUCUUCUGACUUCUUCGAAGACUACAAUAGAUGCUGUAACCAGGGAAAAAUCCCAAGGGUUUCUCUUUCGGUCAGUCUUAAAGUGUAUUCCAUACCUGAUAGAAGAAGUUGGAAGAAGUGAUAAGAUUACUGAAAUAAUCCCACAACAUGGCAUAAGUAUUGAUCCUGGCGUACGUGAGGAAGCUGUACAGGUAUUGAAUAGAAUUGUUAGAUAUCUUCCCCAUCGUCGAUUUGCAGUUAUGACAGGGAUGGCCAACUUCAUACUUAGGCUUCCUGAUGAAUUUCCUCUUCUCAUUCAAACUUCAUUGGGACGCUUGUUGGAACUUAUGCGUUUUUGGAGAGCUUGUUUGCUUGAUGAUAAACUGGAAUUUGGUGCUGAUGACACGAAGCGUGGGGGGCAGGGAAAUGAAGGAUUUAAGAAGUCUUCUUUUCAUCAAUCAGAAAUGAUUGAGUUUCAUGCAUCUGAGAUUGAUGCAGUGGGUCUUAUCUUCCUUAGUUCUGUGGAUAGCCAGAUUCGGCAUACAGCAUUAGAGUUAUUGCGCUGUGUACGUGCCUUAAGGAAUGAUAUACGAGACCUUACAUUAUGUGAGCAAGUGGACCAUAGUUUGAGACUUGAACCUGAACCAAUAUUAAUUGAUGUACUUGAAGAACAUGGGGAUGACAUUGUUCAGAACUGCUAUUGGGAUUCUGGGCGUCCAUUUGAUUUGAGACGAGAAUCUGAUGCAAUUCCUCCUGAAGUGACUCUUCAAUCUAUAAUAUUUGAGACUCCUGACAAGAACAGGUGGGCUUGGUGUCUUAGUGAACUUGUCAUAGCAGCUGAGCUUUGCCCAAACUCUGUUCAGGAAGCAAAGGUAAAGGUUAUACAACGCCUUGCUCAUAUAACACCUAUUGAGUUAGGCGGAAAGGCUCAUCAGUCACAGGAUGCAGACAACAAGCUGGAUCAGUGGCUUAUGUAUGCUAUUUUUGCAUGUUCAUGCCCACCGGAUAGUAGAGAAGCUGGUGGCUUAGUAGCAACCAAAGAUCUUUACCAUCUUAUUUUCCCCUCAUUAAAAUCUGGAUCUGAAGCAAAUAUACAUGCAGCUACUAUGGCUCUUGGUCAUUCUCACUUGGAAGCAUGUGAAGUCAUGUUUAGCGAGCUUUCGUCUUUUAUUGAUGAAGUUUCUUCAGAAACUGAGGGAAAACCAAAGUGGAAGUCUCAAAGGUCUCGUCGUGAGGAACUUCGAAUCCACAUUGCAAAUAUAUACCGUACUGUUGCUGAGAAAAUCUGGCCUGGCAUGCUGAGCCGUAAACCAGUUUUCUGUCUUCAUUAUCUAAGAUUCAUUGAUGAAACAACUAGACAGAUCUUUACAGCAACAAAUGAGAACUUCCAAGAAAUGCAACCUCUCCGUUAUGCACUUGCUUCUGUUUUAAGGUCUCUUGCACCUGAAUUUGUUGAGUCAAAAUCAGAAAAGUUUGACCUCAGAACUAGAAAGCGACUAUUUGAUCUUCUCUUGUCCUGGAGUGACGAAACUGGCAGUACAUGGGGGCAGGAUGGUGUUAAUGAUUAUCGACGUGAUGUUGAACGUUACAAGGCUUCACAGCACAACAGGUCAAAAGAUUCAAUAGACAAAAUUUCAUUUGAUAAAGAAUUGAAUGAACAAGUUGAGGCAAUCCAGUGGGCAUCCAUGAAUGCUAUGGCUUCGCUUUUAUAUGGACCAUGCUUUGAUGACAAUGCGAGAAAAAUGAGUGGCCGGGUGAUAGCAUGGAUCAAUGUUUUGUUCAAUGAUCCUGCACCUAGGGCUCCAUUUGGUUACUCUCCAUCAACUCCAUCUUACUCCAAGUACACUGGAGAAGGUGGGGGUGGUGCUACUGGUCGUGACAGACAUAGAGGUGGUCAGCAUCGUGUUUCCUUAGCAAAAUUGGCUUUGAAGAAUCUUCUUCUUACAAAUUUAGACCUUUUUCCCUUUGCGAUAAUCAAUCCAAAUGACAUAAAUAAUAAUCUUUUUUUUUUCCAGUGCUCCUAUUCUGACGCAGCUAUAGCUGAUGGUUACUUUAGUGUGUUGGCUGAGGUCUACAUGCGCCAAGAGAUUCCAAAAUGUGAAAUACAGAGGCUUUUGAGCCUGAUCCUCUACAAAGUUGUGGACCCAAACAGACAAAUACGUGAUGAUGCCCUUCAGAUGCUUGAAACACUCUCUGUCUGUGAGUGGGCCGAGGACGGCAUUGAGGGCUCAGGAAGCUAUGGAGCUGCUGUUGUUGGCAACCUCCCUGAUUCCUACCAACAAUUCCAGUACAAGCUCUCAUGUAAACUUGCCAAAGAUCACCCUGAAUUAAGCCAGCUUCUUUGUGAGGAGAUCAUGCAGAGGCAACUGGAUGCUGUUGAUAUAAUUGCACAGCACCAGGUCUUAACAUGCAUGGCUCCAUGGAUUGAGAACCUCAAUUUCUGGAAACUGAAGGAUUCAGGUUGGAGUGAAAGAUUACUGAAGAGCCUUUACUAUGUAACAUGGCGACACGGUGAUCAGUUCCCUGAUGAAAUUGAAAAAAUAUGGAGCACAAUUGCUAGCAAGCCUAGGAAUAUUAGUCCAGUGUUAGAUUUCUUAAUCACAAAAGGAAUUGAAGAUUGUGAUUCAAACGCAUCAGCUGAAAUAAGUGGUGCAUUUGCCACAUAUUUCUCCGUUGCAAAGCGUGUAAGCUUAUAUUUAGCAAGGAUCUGUCCACAGCGCACAAUUGAUCACCUGGUUUAUCAAUUGGCUCAAAGGGUGUUGGAAGAUAGCAUUGAACCAGUUGUGCCAAGUGCAACAAAGGGUGACACAAAUGGAAAUUUGUUGGAAUUCUCUCAUGGACCUGCUACAGCCCAAAUUGCAUCUGUCAUGGAUACCCAGCCACACAUGUCACCAUUACUUGUCCGUGGUUCCCUUGAUGGUCCCCUCAGAAACACUAGUGGAAGUCUGAGUUGGCGAAAAGCAGGAGUGACAGGGAGAAGUGUCUCUGGCCCAUUAAGUCCAAUGCCUCCAGAGUUGAAUGUGGUUCCUGUAACUACGGGACGGUCAGGUCAGCUCCUUCCAGUAUUGGUGAACAUGUCAGGUCCUUUAAUGGGGGUUAGAAGUUCAACAGGAAGUUUGCGGAGCUGCCAUGUUUCUAGGGAUAGUGGAGACUACCUCAUUGACACUCCAAACUCUGGUGAAGACGGGUUUCAUCCUGGAGUUAGUACGCACGGUGUUAGUGCCAAAGAACUUCAGUCAGCCUUGCAGGGGCAUCAACAGCAUUCACUAACUCAUGCAGAUAUAGCAUUGAUUCUACUGGCAGAAAUUGCAUAUGAGAAUGAUGAAGAUUUUCGUGAACACUUGCCUCUGCUUUUUCAUGUCACAUUUGUUUCAAUGGAUAGUUCAGAGGGUAUUGUGCUAGAGCACUGCCAACAUUUGCUUGUUAAUCUGUUAUACUCACUUGCAGGCCAACACUUGGAACUGUAUGAGGUAGAAAACAGUGAUGGAGAGAACAAGCAGCAGGUUGUCAGUCUGAUCAAGUAUGUCCAGUCAAAGCGAGGGAGUAUGAUGUGGGAGAACGAGGAUCCCACAGUUUAUAAAACAGAGCUUCCAAGUGCAGCACUCUUGUCGGCACUUGUUCAGAGUAUGGUUGAUGCUAUCUUCUUCCAAGGAGAUCUCCGUGAGACUUGGGGUGCUGAGGCACUCAAAUGGGCCAUGGAAUGCACAUCAAGGCACCUUGCAUGCCGCUCACACCAGAUCUACCGUGCAUUGCGGCCUAGUGUCACAAGUGAUACAUGUGUAUCACUCCUUAGAUGCCUCCACAGAUGCCUAGGUAAUCCAAUACCCCCAGUUUUGGGAUUUAUCAUGGAAAUUUUGUUGACAUUACAAGUUAUGGUGGAGACUAUGGAGCCAGAAAAGGUGAUCCUAUACCCCCAACUCUUCUGGGGUUGCGUAGCAAUGAUGCACACAGAUUUUGUUCACGUCUACUGUCAGGUGCUCGAGCUCUUCUCACGUGUGAUUGACCGUUUAUCGUUCCGAGAUAGAACAACUGAAAACGUGCUGCUUUCAAGCAUGCCUCGCGACGAGCUUGAUAAUGGUGGUGACAUUGGGGAUUUUCAACGAAUUGAAUCACUGGCAUCUUCCAGUGGGAAUCUGCCAACAUUUGAAGGGGUGCAGCCUCUUGUGCUCAAAGGGCUUAUGUCUACUGUUAGUCAUGGUGUUUCUAUUGAGGUUCUGUCCCAGAUCACAGUGCACUCAUGUGAUUCUAUAUUUGGGGAUGCGGAGACAAGGCUCCUGAUGCACAUCACAGGCUUGCUUCCCUGGCUUUGCUUGCAGCUCGGCAGGGAUACAUCAGUGGCACCUGCUUCACCACUUCAUCAGCAGCGGCAAAAGGCUUGCUCUGUUGCAAACAACAUUGCCCUUUGGUGUCGAGCAAAGUCAUUGAAUGAAUUAGUCACUGUUUUUGUUGCUUAUGCCCGAGGAGAGGUCAAAAGUGUCGAGAACCUCCUUGCUUGUGUCUCACCACUAUUAUGCAAUGAAUGGUUUCCAAAGCACUCAGCUUUGGCCUUUGGGCACUUGCUAAGACUAUUGGAGAAAGGGCCAGUUGAGUAUCAGCGUGUGAUACUGCUGAUGCUCAAAGCGCUGCUUCAGCAUACCCCCAUGGAUGCUUCCCAAAGCCCACAUGUGUAUGCAAUUGUGUCCCAGCUGGUGGAGAGUACAUUGUGCUGGGAGGCGCUUAGUGUGCUGGAAGCCCUUCUGCAGAGCUGUAGUUCAUUGACAGGUUCCCACCCACAUGAGCCAGGGUCAUAUGAGAAUGGUGCUGAUGAUAAGAUUCUUGCUCCUCAGACCUCAUUUAAAGCUCGGAGUGGGCCCUUACAAUAUGCCAUGGGAUCAGGGUUUGGCGUAGCUUCAACACCAGGCGCACAAAGUGCAAUUGAAUCAGGAAUUCCACCUAGAGAGGUGGCUCUGCAAAACACACGUCUUAUCCUGGGGAGAGUACUGGAAAACUGUGCACUAGGAAGGAGAAGAGACUAUAGAAAGUUGGUGCCUUUUGUAACCAGUAUUGGAAACGCAUGAUGGGCAUAUAAUUAUCAAGUGUAAAUAUACAUUAAAUUCAGUUCUGGGAAAAUUUUAGGUCCUGGUUUUGUAAAUAGGCAUCAUAAAUUAAAGUUUGUAGUUAGUGAAGUAGUAUUUUUGUAGUGUCA